UCAACAUGGCGGCGCCCACAGUUCAAAGCACGUUGCGUCAGUAGACAUCCGUAGAGUACGAUGAAACUCGUGCGCGUUUGUCGGGUGCCUGUGUCUAGCACUUACUUAUUGUAGUUAGAAGGAAUCUCGCUUUCCACGAUGAAGUUCGCCUUCAAGUUUUCCAACCUGAUCGGCACAGUGUACCGCAAAGGAAACCUGCUGUUCACUCCGGACGGCAACACCGUCGUAGCGCCGGUGGGCAACCGACUCUCUCUCUUCGAUCUGCGCAACAACAAAUCGGAAACGCUGCCGAUCGAGAGCCGCUACAACUUCACCGCCGUCGACAUCGCCCCGUCCGGCUUCCUCUUCAUCGCCAUCAACGAAACCGGCGAAGCUCUACUCUGCAGCCUCGUGUCACGAACUGUCAUCCACAGGCACCACUUUCGCAAGCCCAUCUCGACGGUCAAGUUUAGUCCUAACGGCAAGUACUUCGCCGUCGCCAAGGACAACUCCGUCUUCGUCUACCGCACGCCGGGCCACGCCAGACGCGACUUCGCGCCCUUCGCGCUCGAGCGAGUCCUAAACACGGCCUACGAUGCGGUCACUUGCAUCCAGUGGUCCUCCGAUUCGCGCCUCAUCGCCAUCGGCAGCAACGACAUGUCCGUUAGGGUUACGGCGCUGCACAGGAUGAAGAACUUCGGCAUCAACACGCUCUCCAGCCACAGCGACGCCAUCGUAAACUGUUUCUUCGAAAAGGACUCCGCGGACGUGUUCACUCUGAGCCGGAAUGGACAACUGUGCGUAUGGGAGGCGUCCUGUGACUUGUCCGGUUUCUUAAUGGCGGAUGACGCGACAAGCAGACGAUGCCGCGCCGUGACGUCAGAGGAGGGGGGAGAUGACGUCAAAGACAAGGCUAAUGACGUCAUACCCGACGAUGACGUCGUCGAAGGUGACGCGGAGGUGGAGAGGGUUCGGUAUCGCCGCACGGGAAAACACUUCCUGAAGGACGCACUUAAAGUCGAAGGAGGCCAGCACGUAAACCUGCUGGCAGCGUGCUAUCAUGGCGGAAACCACAUGCUGGUCACCGCCUUUUCCAACGGGUCGUUCCUUUUGCAUGAAAUGCCGGACUACAACCUAAUCCAGUCGCUGAACGUUUCAGAGCACGAAGUCACGGCGGCGUGCUUCAAUCCUACAGGCGACUGGAUUGCUCUGGGAAGUGGGCGACGUGGCCAGUUGAUUGUUUGGGAGUGGCAGUCCGAGUCGUUCGUUCUCAAACAGCAGGGGCAUGCCAACAACAUGGCUUGCCUCGCAUACUCUCCGGACGGUGCCAAUCUUGUGACUGGAGGUGACGAUGGCAAGGUGAAGCUGUGGAACACGGGCAACGGUUUCUGUUUUGUCACUUUCACGGAACACGCGGCCGGAGUUGCCGCGGUGACCUUCACGCAGAAUGGCAAGGCCGUCCUUUCGGCAUCUCUCGACGGUACCGUUCGUGCCUAUGACCUGAAGCGGUACCGCAACUUCAAGACGCUGACAGCGCCGAGGGCCGUCCAGUUUGCAUCUCUGGCUGUUGACACAAGCGGCGAGGUUGUCUGUGCUGGCUCGCAGGACACCUUCGAGGUGUUUGUGUGGUCGCUGCAGACGGGUCGACUGCUCGACGUCUUAGCGGGACAUGAGAGCUGCGUUUCCGGUCUGGCGUUCGGUCCCGGGAUGGAGUCUGUCCUCGUCAGUUCGUCCUGGGACAAGACGUGCCGUGUCUGGAACCUGUUUGCCGAGAAAGGCGGCGGCCGAGAGGCAAUUCCACUGACGGCAGAUGCGCUGACCGUCGAGUUCCGGCCUGACGGUUGCGAGUUUGCCGUGGCGACCCUAGAUGGCGCCAUUGUGUUCUUUGAGCCGCAGGGAAGCAGCCAAGUGGGAUGCAUUGAAGGCAAACGUGAUUUGACGAGCGGUCGGAGGGACACCGACAUCAUCACGGCGAAGAGGCUGUCUCAGACGCAGGCAUUCACCACCCUCUGCUACUCCGCGGACGGCGAGUGCAUUCUCGCGGCUGGUCGUUCCAAGUUUGUCUGCAUCUACCACGUGCGCGAGCAGCUCCUGCUCAAGAAGUUCGAGGUGACAUGCAACCACUCGCUCGAUGCCGUCGACGACUUCAUCAGCCGCCGGAAGAUCACAGAGUUCGGCAACAUGGCGCUCGUCGAGGAGCGCGCGGCCGCGGAAGACACCGCUCUCUCCCUGCCCGGUGUCAAGAAGGGCGACCUCUCAAGCCGCAGCUUCAAGCCCGAAGUGAGAGUCAGUGCAGUGUCAUUCUCGCCGACGGGGCGGGCAUGGGCCGCUGCGACCACUGAAGGGGUGCUCGUUUACUCCCUUGACAACACUCUUGUUUUUGACCCUUUCGAGCUGGAGCAGGGAGUGACGCCGGCGACGAUACGAGCAGCGGCACGCGAGAAGGACUACGUCCGUGCGGUCGUGGCAGCGUUCCGGCUCAACGAAGAUGAACUGACCACGGAGGUCGUCGAGGGCAUUCCGGUCAAUGAGAUCGACCUCGUGUGCCGGUCACUGCCGCAGAUCUACGUCGAGAAGCUGCUCAACUUUGUGGGCGCGAAACUCGAGUCCACAACGCAUGUGCACUUUUAUGUCACGUGGGUCGUGACACUGCUGAAAGGUCACGGCGAGGCGUUGAAGGAGAGGUCACGAAACAUCAUGGCGACGUUGAGGACAGUGACAAAGAACGUGGGGCUGAGGCAUACAGAGCUGUCAAAAGUUUGCGAUCACAACAAGUAUCUGUUGAGAUAUAUCGAGACACUUCGCAAGUUCAAAGAAACGGAGGGGCCGGAGGAAAGAAUGUCCGAGGGAGGUAGUGGGGACGACGACCUCGAUUCUCAAAUAGACAGUGAAGACGAACUGAUGGUGUCAUGAGCGGGUUUCUGGGAGAAAUUUGUGCAUUGUAAAUAAAUGUUUCACAAUCGCAGGAUUACAAA